GCCAAUCAAGCGGGACGCCCGGGUCGGCGCUGGGUUCGACGAAGUCCCCGUAGCGUUCAGGCCGCGCUCGCGGGUCCCUCCUUCCGCGGGACUGCAGGGCGCCUCGCGCGCGGGUAAUGCAUGAUCUUCAAAAGAAAUGAGUGUAACUACUAUUGCAGGAAGAGUUGAAACCUGGCUUUCAGCUACCUGGCAUAUUAAAGUACCUCUUAUGUGGCUAGAGGCAUGUAUUAACUGGAUCCAAGAAGAAAACAAUAAUGUUAAUUUGAGCCAAGCACAGAUAAAUAAACAAGUGUUUGAACAGUGGCUCCUAACUGAUUUGAGAGAUUUGGAGCAACCUAUUUUACCGGACGGCAUUUUAGAAAUUCCCAAAGGAGAACUGAAUGGAUUUUUUGCACUACAGAUUAAUUCAUUGGUUGACGUAAGUCAGCCUGCAUAUUCCCAAAUACAGAAGCUGAGAGGCAAGAAUACAACUAAUGAGCUAAUUACUGCUGAAACACAAGUUACCCAAAAACCUUGGGAAGCAAAAUCUUCUCGGAUGCUGAUGUUACAACUUACCGAUGGGAUUGUACAAAUACAGGGAAUGGAAUAUCAGUCUAUUCCAGCUCUUCAUAGUGAUCUUUCUCCAGGCACCAAAAUUUUGAUUUAUGGAAACAUUUCUUUUCGACUUGGUGUUCUCUUACUAAAGUCAGAAAAUGUAAAAGUAUUGGGAGGUGAAGUAGAUACUCUUUUAGAGGAAUAUGCCCAAGAAAAAGUACUUGCAAGAUUAAUUGGGGAACCUGAUUCUACAGUUUCAGACAUACCAAGUAAUUCAUACCAAAGUGUCCCCAGAAAUACCGAUAAUCUAGAUUCUGCCUUUGGACCUUCUGAUGAAGAACUCUUGGCAAGUCUUGAAGAAAGUGAUGAGCUUGUUGCAAUUAAUAAUACCUCCGUGGGAAAAGAAUGUUUCAACAUAGGUAGCUUCGCAAAUAGUGUUUCCCCAGAACAGUCAAGUUUUGAACCAGGACUUGUUAAUUUUUCUAGACUAAAGGAUAAACCACCAGAUCAGUCUAUGCACGUUAUUGAUGAAGAGUUAGAUGACUUUUCACUAGAGGAAGCCUUGCUUUUAGAAGAAACUGUCCAGCAAGAACAAAUGGAGACUCAAGAGUUGCAGCCAAUGACUUUUAACAGAAAUACAGAGGAAGAUAUGGAGAGAUUUUCUCAUAAGUGUAAUAAUACUCUGAAUGAUUUUUCUUUGAGUUUCAAAAAUGGAAAUGGUCAAAAUAAAGAAGUAUCUGAACAAAAGACUGAUGGAGACAAAACUUUCAAUUGUCCAUCUUCUAGAGAUCAAAACAACAGUUUUUCAACUCAUGUGGUACCCUUAUCUUCUGAUUUUACAAAUAAAGAUAAGAACAAAGAGACAGACAAUAAAAUGAAACAAAAUACCAGCAAGUCAGAUGGUGGAUGUUCCUUAAAUAAUGAAAUAAUAAGUGGGGAACUGGUAAGUUCUGUAUCAAAAAGGAGUUUACAAAUUUCUAACGAAAAUAAUCACCAUUUGCAGACUUGUUCUUUAAGAUCAUCAGAGACUAGUACUAAUAUUUCUAUUGCCAUGGAUUUGUUUUCACCACCUUUUAUCUAUUUGUCUGUUCUAAUGGCUCGCAAGCUGAAGGAAGUUACAACAGUGAAAGUCAAAGCUUUUAUUGUAACCUUAACUGGAAAUCUCUCAAGUUCUGGUGGCAUUUGGAGUCUAACAGCAAAAAUUUCUGAUGGCACGGCCUAUCUAGAUGUAGACUUCUUAGAUGAAAUACUUACUAGUUUGAUAGGAUUUUCAGUACCAGAAAUGAAACAAUUGAAAAAGGAUCGUCUUAAAUACCAGAAGUUCCUGGAAGGUCUGCAGAAAUGUCAGAGAGAUCUGAUAGAUUUAUGCUGCCUAAUGACUAUUUCAUUUAAUUCGUCUUUAUCUAAAGGAACAGUACUAGCAUUACAAGAUGUUACUGUGGAGCACCUUGAGGACCUAAAGAAGCGAUUGAAUAAUUAAUUACUAAAAUUGUGUUAGAAAACAAAAAACCCAAGGAAUAUAUAGUAUUUAUCAUAUUUUGGAGCUUUUUUUUUUAAGAGAAAAGGGGAGUUUCAUUACAAUUCAGUCUACUUUUAAAUGUUUUAUUGUUUAUUAGUUUUUUUUGUAAAUAAGUUUAACAUUUUUUAGUUAUUAUUUAUGGGGCACAGCCAGUGGGACUCAGGACUUACUCCCAGCUCUGCACUCAAGGAUCACACAGGUGCCAGAAAGGUAGUACAGCAUGUAGGGGGCUUGUCUUGCACAUGGCUCACCCAGGUUCCAUCCCCAGCAUCUCAGAUGGUCCCUCAAGCUUGUCAGGAGUGAUUUCCUGAGUACAGAGCCAGGAAUAACCCUAGAGCACCACUGGGUGUGCCCGCCAGCCCCCUAAAAAAAAAAAAAAUCACUCCCAGCAGGCUCAACUACCACAUGGAAUGUUGGGGAUUGAAUAUGGGUCUGCCCUUUGCAAGGCAAGCACUGUACCCCAAUAAGUCUAACUUAUAGUAUCUUGGAUAAAGGAGUGUAGUGAUUCAUUAUUGAGAAAUUUUGUUUUCAAUGUGUCAUUUCACAUAAGAUAGUUGCUAAAGCAUUGGUGUUUACUU